ACACACGCGCGCGCGCACACACACACUGGGGAUUUCCACCCAAGCGCUUGUUUCCUUAACUUGUUUUGCUUUCGAUCUGAAGAGCGAAAUCAAAUCCAUCUGACUUUUCCUUUUGUUAUCAAAAACUACACAUUUCCAGGAGAUUUCAGAGACUCUUCGCGUUUAUUCCCGCAGUGAUCGGCAGGGAGUCUGGACUCGUCUGGUUUAUUUUGCUGUAAUGAUCGGGACCCUCGCAUCACAAUGCAAAAUACACACGAGGCUACAAUGCCAGUGGAGAGAAUGCGGAUGAGACCGUGGUUGGAAGAGCAGAUAAACUCUAGUAAAAUACCGGGACUAAAAUGGGUAAACAAGGAGAAGAGAAUAUUCCAGAUCCCCUGGAUGCAUGCGGCGCGUCACGGCUGGGAUGUGGAGAAAGAUGCUCCUCUCUUCCGAAACUGGGCCAUACAUACAGGGAAAUAUCAACCGGGUGACAAGCCGGAUCCCAAAACGUGGAAGGCGAACUUCCGGUGUGCCAUGAACUCUCUGCCGGACAUUGAAGAGGUGAAAGACAAAAGCAUUAAAAAGGGAACAAACGCCUUCAGAGUGUACAAGAUGCUCUCUGCUUCUGAGAGACAUUCUAAAAGAGGUAAAAAGAGGGCGGCCGAGAAAGAUGAAAAGUUUAAGGCAGUGCAAGCGUGCCCUGUGCCGUCGGUUUGGGAAAACACUUCAGCCUGUAAGCUCCCGGUGUCAGUCAAGCAGGAGGCGGAUCACUUUGAGACAGAGGUGGGUGGGCAGAGUCCAGCGGACGACCACCUGAUCAUUAACGACCUGCCUGAUGUGUGUCAGACCAUUGAGGUGGUGACAGAAAAUGAGGAGCAGACUGUGACCUCUAGUGACCUUUACCCCUUACAGAUCUCUCCUGUAUCCUCGUAUGGAGCAGAGAGCGAUACAGACAGCGUUCACAGCGAGGAAGACUCCAAAGAGCAUGUUCACGCGUUCCUGUUCGGCCAGGAAGACGAGAAACCUCUGUUGCCUCUGCCCGGCAUGUCCUCCUUCAUCUCCUCUGACAAACCCAACUUCAAGAUCACCACUGUCCGAGAGCCGGCACCUUCCUCCGCACACGCCCCCUUCACCAGCGCAUCUCGCUGGGCCCUCUUAAACUCCCCCUUCUCCUCCGUCCACACGCCCGACCCCGAACCCUCCGGCCAACCGCCCGUCCACGAGAAUCGUGCCAGCGUGAUCAUGAAAACCCCAGACGUCUCCAAAUCCUCGGUCAAGAGCUGCUGAUGUCUGCGUGGUCACGCGGUGUCCGGCCGCAGAUAUAGGACCUAAAAGAGCUCAGGAGACGUUCUCUGGAUGAGCGGAGCCAAAAGUGAUGCGUGAGCUUGAAUUCGGGGAGCGCAGGAAGUUGCUGUAGUGGUGGAUGUUUAGAUGUCAAGCCAUUGUGAAGGUGUGUGUGUGUAUAUAGAGGGCUCAGUAGCCGCCCGAGCACCUUAUGAAUGUGAUCAUCGCUGACUUGUUUAGUUUGUGAUCGAGGGGAAAUAGUUUUAGGAGCUUUUACCAGCUCCGGCAAAUCCGUAAUGCACAUAAAUGGCACUUAAUGGCAUACUUAGCCUCAAGCCUUCAUCACGAGCCAAUAUAUAUAUAUAUAUAUAUAUUUUUUAUACUUUAGGGAUCUUUAUACGAUGGAUAAUAUAUGAUAUAACUGGCACUGUACAUGCUUGGCCUUAUGAUGCAAGACAUCCUGUGUGGAAUUGUGUUCGUGUGUGGUUUUUAUGACAAAAAGCACUUCUUUUUAUGGUUUUUAAAAAAAGGAAAAGAAAAGUAGGUUAGAUGAUGGAGCGUGAUGUAUGUAUAUAUAUGUGUCGAGGCUGAUGUGUGUUUGUAGAUCUGUAUAGACAUCAUACAAGGGCUUCUUUUAAUUCACAGAAGAAUCUCAUGAGAGGUUUCCUCGAGAUUGUGGUGUAUGAAAAUCAUGAUAUCAUAAGAAUAAAUGAGAAACUGCUGACGAUACUGUGUUGACACCUGAA